AUGACGACAGGCGGCCCACCAAAGAGAGAGAGAGAGACGAAGGGAGAAGCCUGCCCAGGGACACUUGUGAGGCGUCAAUGUACACGAAAAAAGAGGCAGCGCAUGCCAAUUUACUCCAAGCCAUUCACACACCCGCCCACACACAUGCGCUCACAAAUAAAUGAACUUACAGGCGAAGACAAAAAAGUAAACAACUACAAAGAAGGAAUACAUGAGAAUACCGGCGCGGACGAGACUUUUCCCUUUUUUUUUUUUUUGCUGUUGAAAUUACUCCACUUUGUGCAAAUAUCUGAAAAAUGCGUCGGUGCUUUUUUUUUCCCGCAUUUUUUUUCUUUUUCGAUGGAAAAGUGUGUGUGUUCGGAGUUUUGCCGUCAGUUUUCGCCCGAAGAAAUGGGAGUCGACCUCACCGGAGUCCAGAAGAAGAAGCGCGUGGUGCGCCACCACACUUAUUCGACGAACCCGUACAUCAAACUGCUCAUUAAGCUCUACAAGUUUCUCGCCCAACGCACCAACUCCGGAUUCAACAAGCUCGUGCACCAGCGCCUGCUUAAGAGCCGCAGCAACCGUGCCCCAAUCUCUCUGAGCCGCAUCGCCGUCUGCAUGAAGCGCAAGUCGGUGUGGCUGGAGAAGGGCAAGAAGGCCCCCAUUGCCGUCAUUGUCGGUGAUGUGCUUGAUGACGUCCGCAUGACCCGCAUCCCCGCUCUGCGUGUGUGCGCCCUUCGCUUUUCAAAGAGCGCCCGCGAACGCAUCACCGGCGCCGGUGGUGAGUGCCUGACGUUUGACCAGCUCGCAAUGGUGGCGCCGACAGGGAAGAACACAUUCCUGCUGCGCGGACGCAAGUCUGGACGCGAAUCCGUGAAGCACUUUGGAGCGGCGGGCGUGCCCGGCUCCCACGCGAAGCCCUUCACGUCGAACCGCGGAAAGGAACGCCAACGCAGCAGCGCCCGCCGUCGUGCCUUCCGCCACAAGUAA